AGCACGGUGGGCUUGAGGGAGACCUGGUUCUUUGGCCUGCGCUACACCGUCAAGGACACGUACGCGUGGCUCAAACCUGACAAACGGGUCCUGGACCAGGAGGUUCCAAAAGACUCGCCCAUCACGUUUCACUUCCUGGCCAAAUUCUUCCCAGAGAAAGUUGAAGAAGAACUGGUCCAAGAAAUCACGCAGCACCUCUUCUUUUUGCAGGUGAAAAAACAGAUCUUGGAUGAGGAGAUCUUCUGUUCGCCCGAAGCUUCUGUUCUUCUGGCCUCGUACGCUGUCCAAGCCAAAUACGGCGACUCCGACCCCAACUUCCACAAGCCGGGCUUCCUGGCGCAGGAUGAACUUCUGCCCAAAACAGUUAAGUGUGCCCAUUGCCAUGUUGAUGCCCACCACAGGAGGGCGCUCAAGAGGCAAUCGCGUCACGCGGAUCUGGCUUGCCAAACUCGUCUGUGCAAUAAAACGCGGAAUGCUUCUACAAUCUUGCCCGUUUUUCAAACGUAAAUCACUUUCGUUUGAAAAUUCUCGUGGCGCACUCGUACUGGAUGGUCUGCGGCCGUGACCAGUCGGUUCAUCUUGA